UUCUCCCCGGUGGAUCCGGUCUGGAGACAGAUCCCCGGUGGAUCCGGUCUGGAGACAGAUGCGCGCUCCCCGCUGGCGGACGGUGUGUGAGUACCGCAUGUUAAAUUAAUCCCGAUGGAUUCUCAUUUAUAGUUAUUUUAAGAGUGUAUAAUCCCUCAUCUUCCGCUGCUUUUGGAGCCCUUUGAUUGUCAGAGCUUAUUUUUCCACCGUGUCUGGAUCAGCUGCUUCUCUCCAAAGAUGGAGGAAGAGGAGUAAACAUGUCCGGAUGGGCGUUUGUUUUCAGUCUACUACACGAUCACUAGGUGGUUUUCAGUAUGCAGAGGAGUUUCCAGCUGGGCCUGCUGCUCCUGGUGGUCCAGCUGUUCCACGAGGGUCUGGGAAACAUCCCAGCAGUCACCCUGGCGGUCCUGGGGUUCAACGUGUACCUUUACAUGUUCCCAGCUGCUCCGCCGAUAAAGGCCUGCGUGAGCCUCCAACGGGUGUACUGGGACAAGGACUGGGGUCGCCUCUUCCUGUCCCCGCUGCACCAUGUGGACGACUGGCACCUCUACUUCAACAUGGUGUCCUUCAUCUGGAAAGGCAUCAGGCUGGAGGGCCGUCUGGGUGCGGCCUGGUUCCUCUACCUGCUGUCGGUCUUCUUCCUGCUCUACGGACCCGUCUACCUGCUGCUGCAGGUGGCGCUGACCCAACUCGUUGAGGACUCCGACCCGUUCGUGGCGUUCAAAGACGAGUGUGCUGUCGGCUUCUCGGGUGUCCUGUUUGCUCUGAAGGUGGUGAGCAACCAUUACAACCCCGGUGGUGUGACCUACGUCUUGCAUAUCCGUGUGUCCAAUCGCUUCGCUAGCUGGGCGGAGCUGGUGCUGAUCUACCUCAUUGCUCCCGGGACGUCUCUGGUUGGCCACCUGGCCGGGAUCCUGGUGGGUCUGCUCUACACCUGGGGACCACUGAAGACCAUCAUGAAGAAGUGUGCAGAGUUUGUAUCUUCAGAUUUAAAUGCUCCAAGGCCAAGUGUAUUCUUCAGCUCCUCAGGCUACAGCGGGACUAGACAAGAACACUCAGAAGAUCCACAUCCUGCAGAAGAUCACGUUGCCAAUGAUGCGUCUGAAUAUACGGAGUCUUUCAUCGCAGGGCUGACGGAGGACGAGCAGAUAGAAAUGGCGAUCAGAAAAAGCCUGAAUGACCGAGGACGAACCAGGCAAAGAGAAACUGAGCGGCCCACUGAGCAGGAGGAGCCUGCAGAAGAUCAUAUUCCCGAUGAUGCGUCUGAAUAUACGGAGUCUUAUGUCGCAGGACUGACGGAGGACGAGCAGAUCGAAAGGUUGAUCAGAAGAAGCCUGAGAGACCGAGUCCAAAGCAGGCCGAGAGAAACGGCGCCCCCCCUGGAGGAGGAGGUGAGUCCCGAGGAGCUCAGGUCCAGGAGAUUGAAGAGGUUUAAACAAGACGUUUCCGACCGGGGAAGGAGAAGAAGAGUGUAAUGACAGAAAGAACUCACCAUGUCUUUUAUCAUCCGUCUCUUACUAGUCCCGCAUGGCCAGACCUUCCUCCACAGCUCAGCGGACGAAGGUCUGGCUAGUCCACACAGCAUCCUGGGACUCUGAGAAAACUCUGAUUGGACAGAUAGUCUGGCUAGCUGUCUGGGUGUACCCUGCAGAGACCUGAGGACCAGGUGACCA